AAAAAAAAAUAAAUCCAAGGGACUAGAACUGUUCCCUUAAAAUGAAACUGCCCCAUUAAACUAAAUUAUGCUACUCAGCUGAAUAAAAUUAUUCACCUCUAGUAGGUUUGUAUAUUUCAUAGCUACCUUUUAAUUGGAUUAUCACUGCCUAAAACUACUGUGCUCAUUAACCGAUCGAUACUUAAGAAUGUGUAUAAUACACUUAUCUCUACAGUCUCAUCUUUUACUGGUAUUUAGUAAGGAGAAAAAUCCAUGAUCUGUCCAAUAGUACUAAAGAAAUAUGGACUGAUAAAUGCUAAUAUUGUAAUGAUUCCUGUUAUGAGUCACAUUUCCAUUUCUAUCAAUAUACCUAUGGAUCAUUUGCGUGAAUCUUGUCAGAUGUUUCACAUUUUUCUCCCUUAAUGCAGACAAAUAGGUUAUGAAAAGUGUAAUAAUAUUUAAACGGUCGAUUAUUAAAAUAGUUUAAGUGAAGAAAGAUACUUCCAUUUCAGUGAAAGCACAUACACAAUGUUCACAAUUACUGGUGUGGAAAAGUAUAACCUUUUUCUCUCCAGAAAGACAUGAAUAUGACCACAUACAUUGCAGUGUUAUUCCUCUUUGUUUAAUAACUAAUACAAUCAUGAAAAACUAGAUUAUGUUGAGUAGAGAUUUUUCGGCCAAAUUCUCAGACUACUUCCUUGAGGGAUUACGGUAUAUUACUCUAGGGUUAGAUAUAAAUGAUCUCCUGGUGCAGAAAUCACAGCAAUUUCCCAUCAUAUAUAGGAAGCCUAGACAAAAUAAUUCUGAUUAGUGCUGAAUUUCCUUUCUUAUUUUUUUUUUAAUGUUACUUAUGCUUUUGAGGGAUGGAGAUUACCAGUUGAUACAGAGAUAGGAAAAAAAAAUUGUACUAAAUAUACUAUGUGUAACAUGUAAUUAAAGGUCUGAUAUAGGACAUUUGAAAAGGAGAAUUCUGGCAAUUUCUGUUUUUUAAUAUGAGUGCCACAUCGAUGAUCUAGAAGCGAGUAGAUUUUUUCAUCUUUUCUUGCAAGCACACGUUAUAUUGCUGUCUGCCCCUUUUUACUAUAAACAGGAAAUGUGUGUGUAGUGUUACUCCACUGUGUUUGCUGUUUUAACCAGCUGAAGACUUGUCAGCAGGAUAGUCUCUGUCAUACUUAAGUAUUGUUAAGUUGUACCUACAGACAUUAAUUCCUGGCAAGUGAGUUGAAGAGCCAGAAAUGCAAAUAUGCGUGAGGAUCCUCCCUCACAGGUGUGAAGAUGAUUCUUUUAACUGCUUGCAGGAUCAGAUUUCACACCUGUAGCAAGGUUAAAACUAUUACCAUAUCUCUGCAAAUGAUACUGUGAACCCAUAUGAAAGUGUUCUGUAGUGUAUAAAUCAAUGUUUAGUGUGAGCAACCUUCAACAGAUUUGUAAGUUCUGUCACACUUUGUCCAUAUGACAGUGUCGACAAAAAGUAAUUUAAACUGAGCUUGUAACAUGUAUAUUAAUUGGCGAUCGAAUCUGCAACUAUAAACUUUAUUUGCAUAAAGUAUACAUUGAAAAUAUUCUAAUUUAAUCUGAACAUGAAUUUGCCUUGGCUUACCUUGGUCUAUUUGUGACUGUUUCAGAUGCUCUUUUUCUGAUAAGUUGAAAUUUUGUGUAUUCAGACUCUAAAUCAGAGUCUUUUUAUUUAGAUUUUUAGUAGAAAGUAGAAUUUGAUCAAGUAGCUGCGCUGCCUAAAACGUGGUUAACCAUUAAAAAUGAGUAGACAUCAGGAAAGCAAAUAGAUGAAAAAAGAGAAAAUGAUAUAUCAAGAGAGAAGUAAGUAUAAGAGUGAGAAUUCCUCCAGUUCUGGAUACUUUUAUAUUAAUACAUAAAAUUAUGUUACAUUUAAGUUACAAAUUGUUUUGGAUAUUGAUUGUAGGCCAAAAUUUAAUCUGCACUUUAAAACAAUGUUAAAAGGAAAAUUCCCAAGUAAACAUAUAAGUAGAACACUUUAUGGGGCACUUCUUUGGCCUCCAACCAAAACAGGAUUAUGUGUGCAUUUGGAUGAGACAAAUGGCAACUCAGAACACCAAACUGAAUAACUUUUAGGUAGUUUCUGUUGUUUUAACAUCUGCCCAGUAGAGCAACACAUACUGACAUUACAGUACCAUCUUUCAUUCACAUACCAUUCCCUUCCUGCUGAGGGCCCUUUCAAAGUGGCCUGGCUGCUCUCCUACUUCAUACUAUUUUCCUUCCUUCACGCAGAAGUGUUUUCAGCUCUUCUUCAAAUAGGCCACCUACCCUGAGCUGGUGUAGGGAAGUAUCAAAUGGAAACAGAAGGCCCUGCUUGAUUCUGCCUCUUCCUGGCUGUUUUUUUCUUUGCAGACCCUUUCCCUCCUUCUGGGUGCUUCCUCUCUCCCUCAUGUAGCACAGCAUUGUAACAUUUGGGAAGAAAUGCACUAGGAAUGAAGAAAGAGGCAUUCGUGACAAAGUCCCAGCAUCUUUUUGGAGCUUAAGAAAACAUUUUCUUCUUCAUGACCCUUUUUUGCCAUCAUUAUCUCCAAAGCAGAUCUGUAUCCCCUCUCCUAGUUAAAAGUGGUGAUAAUCAUCAAGUCAUGUUUUUACUGUCAUUUUUUAUCUGUAGCAAAAUGGGGUGGCUGUAAAGGUAAGUUCUUGUUGUAGAGUGAUCUGUGCAAACCCCUGCCCAGUACCAGCUCUCAUGACAUAAUAUAUGGCGUAAUGCUAGUGUGUAGAGUCAUGCAUCUCCCACCUAAUCUUUAGCUCUCAGCACCCUCUUUCAGCAGAUCUCCCCCAGGCUUUUUCAGAAAUAGGACAACUUGGAUGCUUCAUCCUUUUCUAAGUAAACAGGUAUAGUACAUCUGUGAUGGUUCACUUAGUGUAAUAAAACAAAGCAAUUCACGAUUUAUUUUUAACAUGAGGGCCCAAGUAGCAGCCUUUUGGUUCACUUUAUUUGUGAGAAAUGGUAAUUUCCUUAAAACUCUCUUAUAUCUCUUCACAAAAGAAAAGAUAAAUUUGCAUGAACCUGGUCUGCUAGAUGUGUUUAAUAUCUCUUUCUUUUUCCUGUUUGUUCAUUAUGUGUGUGUUCCAUGCAGACUCCCAGGCCUUUAAACAUCAUUAAGCAGAACAAUGGUGAGCAGAUCAUAAGGAGACGAACAAGAAAGCGCCUUAACCCGGAGGCACUUCAGGCUGAGCAACUAAACAAACAGCAGAGGGGUAGCAGUGAGGAGCAAGUCAAUGGAAGCCCCUUAGAGAGGAGGUCAGAGGAUCACUUAACUGAAGGUCAUCAGAGAGAAAUUCAGCUUCCCAGCCUCACUAAAUAUGAGGCCCAAGGUUCAUUGACUAAAAGCCAUUCUGCUCAGCAGCCAAUACUGGUCAGCCAAUCUCUGGAUAUUCACAAAAGGAUGCAACCUUUGCACAUUCAGAUAAAAAGUCCUCAGGAAAGUACUGGAGACCCAGGCAACAGUUCAUCGAUAUCAGAAGGGAAAGGAAGCUCAGAGAGAGGCAGCCCAAUUGAAAAGUACAUGAGACCUGUGAAACACCCGAACUAUUCACCACCUGGAAGCCCCAUUGAAAAAUACCAGUACCCACUCUUUGGACUUCCGUUUGUACACAAUGACUUUCAGAGUGAAGCUGACUGGCUGAGAUUCUGGAGUAAAUAUAAGCUGUCUGUUCCUGGGAAUCCACACUACUUGAGUCAUGUGCCUGGCCUACCAAAUCCUUGCCAAAACUAUGUGCCUUAUCCCACCUUUAAUCUGCCUCCUCAUUUUUCAGCUGUUGGAUCAGACAAUGACAUUCCUCUAGAUUUGGCGAUAAAGCAUUCCAGACCUGGGCCAACUGCAAAUGGUGCCUCCAAGGAAAAGAGUAAGGCACCACCAAAUGUAAAAAAUGAAGGUCCCUUGAAUGUAGUAAAAACAGAGAAAGUUGAUAGAAGUACUCAAGAUGAACUUUCUACCAAGUGUGUGCACUGUGGCAUUGUCUUUCUGGAUGAAGUGAUGUAUGCUUUGCAUAUGAGUUGCCAUGGUGACAGUGGACCUUUCCAGUGCAGCAUAUGCCAGCAUCUUUGCACGGACAAGUAUGACUUCACAACUCACAUCCAGAGGGGCCUACACAGGAACAAUGCACAAGCUGAAAAGAAUGGAAAACCUAAAGAGUAAACCUUAGCACUUAGCACAAUUAAACAGAAAUAGGUUUCCUUGAUGGGAAUUCAAUAGCUUGUAAUGUCUUGUGAAGACCUAUAAAGCACUUCAUAUAGAGAGCAUGCCUUAUCCAAUAUUAAACCCCUUGUCUUUUCUUUUUCUUCCUUUUUCUUUUUUUUUUUUCAGUUUUUGUUUUACUUUAUCUUUUUCUUUUAAAUGAGUGGGUUACCAAGAAAAAAAAGAACAACUGUAUGGUGGCCUGAAGGUGGAGGAGAUAGUAAUAUGGGACAUGGCCCACCAAAGCUAGCCAGAAUGCAGUAUACCAUGGCAAAUAACUUUGAGAACAUUUUACCGGACAUUUGAUAUCUUUGCUGUUUUGUAAGAGACAUAACUGGCGAGAGUGCAAAGAUGUGUGUAUGUAUAUACUGCUGCAGAGGUAUAGUGAGCAUAUGCACAUUGUAUAUAAGAGCUAGACUUGUUAAAUAUACAGAUGUUAAAAGGUCACUUUCUUUUUAUCAAUUUGGGCUAAUUUCUGCCCUACAACAUGCCUUAGGAUCACUUUCCUCAAAGCUUUGGCAGCAAUUUCAUCUAGAUGUCUCUCAGACUUAGCUGAUUUUUAGCUACCAUUUUAUCUCUACAUCCUUUCUGGCAUACUUCAGUCUAGGAAAACCAUUUUGUGCUAGUGAAGUCUCUAAUACAGAAGCCACACUCCGGGUUUAAUUUGCGUGGAACAAGGUAACCUGCUGUAUUUUAUUUUAAUAUAUUUUAAUAUAUUACAUUUCUAAACCUUAAAGUCUAAGGUUACUUCUCCACACUUAACAUUGCUAUACAUACCAGUCAGUCCCUUCAGUAGACUUAUACCAGCUUUUGCUAAGUAGCAGUAAAUGUCUUCAUAGUACUUUUUAAUACUUAAAGCUUUGUAAAAACUGUCCAUGAAGGGAAAGCUCCUCAGCAUAACUGCUCAGGGAAAUAGGGCUAAAUAACUAAAUAUUAAAUAAUUGGUUAAAGGUGCUGUUAGACGAGCCUCCAUGCUUGCUACAAGGGUGUACAAGAACUGACUUUAAUCAUUUUCAUUAUAGCGUCCCAACCAGUAGUUUAUUAUUUUGCCACAGGGAUGUAGAAGAUAUUACAAGCUACUGGAUGCACUGUCAGAUUAACUUAUUUCAUUAAAGAAGUUGGGAGAACAAAUAGAAAAAAAACCUUAUUUUUCUAGUAAAUAUUAAUGUAUUACAUUUCAAAUAAUGGUGCCUGACAUAUUGAAUAAUUAUUUUCUACAGUGUACGUAUGCAACAAAGAUAUUCCAUCAUGCAUUAGAGUCAGUUCUGGCUCUGCCUCGCUGUUUACAUUUGCAAAUGUAGCAAACAAGGUAAUGAAGCAACUAUUUCUAUUGCAGUAGGUAUCUUUUUUUUCUGUGUGUGUGCAUUAAAGUUGUAAACGAUAACAUGAAAUGAAUGAAAUUUGUUGAUAUUAAUGGUAUGGAAAAGCAAGAAGGAAAUGAAAAUAUUUUUAUGCCUACUUAGGAGAAAAAGGGUAGCACUAUUCAUUCCAAGUACUUUUGUAUUCUUAAGCUCUUAACUCACAUUGUUAUGCUUAAAAUGAUAAACAUAUAUCCUCUUUUUAUUGCUUUGUCUGUGUUUCAGAAGAAACAUUUCAGAAAUUAUUUUGAUAAGUGCUGUUUGACGAUGCAGCGCUGAUGUUUUAUUGCAUUCUGUAGUAGCAUUGCACUCCAUUUUUACAAUAUUACGCAGUUGCUUUUUUGUUUCGUUUGGGUUUGUUUCUUUUUCGCAGUGCAGGGUCUUAGCUCCUUAUGGUUGGAUGGCAGGUGUAGCUCAACUGGUUCAUGAAUGUUGCAGCGAAUGAAGUUUAAAAUGUCUUUCUGAUACUAUGUUGUCUUUUAUUUCUCCAUUCAUGCAUUUUAUUUUUUAAAAUGUUCUAUGAAAGUAUCUCUGGACUAAGUCCUCACUUGAGAUUAUAUGUAAAGGGUCCUAUUCUGAUCUCACUUACAUGCCGCCUUUCUCAGAUUUUCAUGUAAUUGAAACUAAAGCAUCAUAUAAAAAAAAAGAAAAAAAGAAAAAAAAAAUAGUUCUUGUAUUUAACAUACCUGAAUCUCACCACUCUCCCUUCUAGGAUUUGGUGCACUUACUUAUAAGAUACUUAACCAGAUAGACAGGGAGGUGGAUGAUUAAAGGAGAGGUGAUAGGAGAUGAUGUCUUACAGGGGUUGGCAAAAGGAAAAUGGGGAGGAACUGGCCUAAACAUUCAGCACUUUGAUAGUCUUUUGAAAAAUAACGUGCCUAAAGGAGUGACCAUCACCAUGCAUGAGAAGCACUUACACAGCUGAUCACCAAAGGUCUCGCUGACCUUGGCAGUAUUUCAGAUGUUAACGUUUUCACAUAGAUGAAACAUUAUUGCACAGUUUCUCUGAUUUGUUAGGCACAGACAGGCUAUUGUUCAGCAUUAGGCUUGCAUUCCUUCCUGCUCCACCCAUUGCUUCUAUACUGGUGAGCAGCAUAUGGAAAAUCCCACUCAAUCCAUUCAUGGUUGAGUUCUAUAAACCUUUAUUAGUGUUCUAGGUUAGCAAAGGAUAUUGGGCCACAUUCUUCUUAUUCUAUUUUUAGAUGAAUCUCCUGCUUGAUACCAUUGCCAGACAAUGUCUGGUUAUGUUUUUACUAUUGUUCUCCAGUAAUAAGUUCUGACUUGGUUUUUGUUGAUUAAUUUUUGUUGGGUAUUUUUUGUUUCCUUUUUUUUUUUUUUUCUUUUUUCUUUUUUUUCUGUGGGGACUGAAAUAGAUUACCCUUGUUUUGUUACGUCAGGGUCCAGUGUGUGUCCUUUUCAGCUUUUCCAAGAAAUGUUAGGCUCACUUAGCAGUGAUGUUAUUGGCUUCAGAUUUAGCUGCCUGCCGGUUAUCAGUAGUUACUGUUUUGACUUACUUCUUCCAAGACCUACCUGUGGCUUCUUCACUGGUAGAAGCUGCAUCUUCAUGGCAAAAUAUGUUAUGGGGGACAUGCGCAUUAUAAAACUUGAGCACCGCCCUGUACUUCAUAGUAUCUCUUGCUACUCAGAAGCAAGAGGCCAAUAAGGAGAAAUACACCCAUCAGGGUUUGGGGAUGAGGAGAAAUGAAAUGUUGAGAGUGCAAAGAACAAGACAGUUUUUGAUAUUAAUAGUGCACCUAGAUAGUGCAAAGAAAAUUUGAGGAAAGUGUGUUAUUCUUGCCAUGACAUAUUGAGAUGUUCUGAGAUUUCCGUUUCGUAAAAAAUGGGACUUUGCCAUAGCCUGUUCUCUUUGAUUGGGAUGGGGGGGGAGCACAGUUUUGCUUAUUAACAAAAACGAGGUGAUGCCAUUCCUAUUCCAGUCCCCUUACGAUGGAUAUUAAUCAAAAGAAGAAUAAAUCCUGGCAUUUAAAAAUAAAUAUCCGCUGAAAUAACUCUCAGUUGGAAACUGUGUUAGCACACACAAUUAAUUAGUGCACCCACUGCAACUUACAGCACUAAAACUUAAUAGCUUCAAAGAGUCUUUAUUUGGUUUUAGCAUUCCAGUGUCUUCGAAGUCAAAGUGUAGUGCUUCUCUGACUUAUGAGUGGUUAUUGGAGGUCUGAAAAAGCAUCUCAAAUUGGACCCCAAACAGAGUGUGUGUGGUAUCCAAACUUGUAGAACAGCAACAGUUUCCACUUCUGAUGAAUUAACACUGUGUGUAGUGGACCUGUCAAGCAGCAUCUCCUGCAAACUGAGCUGUCAUUAAGCUAUCACAUGGCUACUGCCCUCUAGUUUAAUGCAGCAGGAGACGAUGAUUUUCUGGAGCUCACUUUGAGUUCAGGUCCUCAACUUUGAGCACUUUCCAACACAAGUUUUGUACCAGAUUGCCUCUGUGCUGAAAGAUGACACUGGUUACCUUCUAUCUUUGCUCUGGCUAAAAAUGUACUGGUGCACUGAUGUCAGUUCUGAAAGAGAGAACAUACAUAGAGACAUCUCAGGAAGUGGAGGCAAGCUGAGGGUGAGGAAGAGGUGGAUUUUUUCAACCAGGAGCAACAGAACAACAGUGACCAGUGCUAACUGGAUGCAGUGCUGAGAUGCAGUGGUUUUGCAGUGGGGAGAUCUGACUUAGAAGCUGUGGAUAAAUGCUCGAUUCAGGGGUGGACUUUUAAGCCAUCCCUGCUCAGGAGAAAGUUGCUUUCUAGUCAUAAUUGCUUGCUUUAUGCCCUAAGGAUAUUGUCUGCUGUCUGUUUUUGCCCAUGAUACAUGAGUAUAUUCCCAUUCUUCCUCCUGUAUUGAUUUUUUUUGGCUAACUUAACAUGCUAAUUCCUAAUACUGGUCAGGAAAAGCCAAAGAGAUUAGAAGUUCACUUCUGUUCAGCCAGAAGGGUAGAUACAUUUCCUUCUGCUUCUGUGGAGACAGUUAUGCUUGGCAAAGAAUAGUGAGCAAUUUGUCAGCAUAUCCCAAAUGUGAUAGAUAAGUGAAAAAUCCCUUCUAAACUUUUCUGUAAAGUUAAGAUGAGCCAAGUAGAAUGAUUUGCAUAAUUUCCUUACCCCAGAAUAGGAUUCAUCCCUACCCUCUUCCUCAGUUUUCUUUCAUGAAGCCAGUUCUGGAAAGCCAGCAGUUGAUGAGAUGCUGCCUAUACAGUAAUGAUAUGUAACACCAAUUUUCCUCUUUUUAAGGGUAUAAAAGACAAUAAUCUAAUGAUUCCCAGCCCAAACCCUUUUAUUUUAUUCUAUUUUAUUUUUUUCAAUACAUGUAGUAAAGUAAAAUGCUUAGAAUAAACCUAAAAGCUACCACAGUUUUCUGUGCUGUGUCCUAUCAUUUUGGUCUUUGAGCCCUACAUAGAAGGAGAACAGGAGAAAAAGAAACAUCUCAAAAUGCCAUUGUAUAUUUAGCUUGUAGAAAAUUCACCAGCAGGAAAAAUAGAAAAAAAAAAAAAUUAAAAAAAAAAAGAAAAAGAAAAAAAAAAGGAAAAAAAAAAAAGUACUUAAUAAAGAAUGACUUCAUGUUGCUAAAAACCAUCAUUAAACUUGUAGCCCUGAUUUGACUCUAGAAUGUUGGCUCUUACUGUUUUGUCCUUACAACACAUGGAUGUGUUUUUUGUUCUGUUUUGUUUUGGGUUUUUUGUUUUGUUUUGUUUUUUGGUUUUCAUAGUGCAUGUUCAUUUCUACUCACAAACAUGUUCUUGGUGUAUUUCUUAUGCAAACAAUCUUCAGGCAGCAAAGAUGUCUGUUACAUCUAAACUUGAAUAAUAAAGUUUUACCACCAGUUAUAAA